AUGUCGGGUCCUGGCGUGGGCCAGGGUGUUGCGGGAGGGCGGCUGCACGCUGAGCUCCAACAGCAGCCGGCUCUGCAACGCCGCACGGGAGCGAGCAGCCCCUCGCUGCUGCUGCGAAAGGCCGUGAAGCUCACUCAGCCCGGCUGCGCGGCUGGCAGCGCCCGCCUGGGACACCUGAAUGGAGAGGAGGGCUUCGCUGCUGCCGCGUCCUUCGCUGUCAACCUGGGAGCAGGUUUUGCUUUCUCCCUGUACUUACGCGUGUGUUUUCCCUUCCCAGCUAUCAAGGUGAGCUGCGUGGGCUCCUGCGGGGUGUCUAGCAAGAUCAAUGACACCGCCUGGACUGUGGAGGAGCAGUACUUUAACAGCACGCUGUCUCUGGCAGACAAAGGGGUCCUGACAGCUGGAGAGCACACCUUUCCCUUCCAGUUCCUGCUGCCAGCCUCUGCUCCGACAUCAUUUGAAGGUCCUUUUGGCAAGGUCCUGCAUCAGGUGAAAGCUGUGAUAGACACGCCUCGCUUCUCCAAGGACUACAAGUGCUGCAAGAUCUUCUAUGUUCUCUGCCCACUUAACCUGAAUGACAUCCCUGACAUUGAGCAGCCCAACACUAUGUCAAUCACAAAGAAAUUCAACUACAAGCUUGUGAAAAGUGGCAACAUUAUCGUGACUGCCACCUCGGAUCUCAAAGGCUACGUCGUGGGGCAAGUGAUUCAGCUCCGCACGGAUAUAGAGAACAAGUCAGGCCGCGACACUGGCGCUGUGGUGGCCAGUCUGCUGCAGAAAGUGGCUUAUAAAUCCAAGCGCUGGAUUUACGACUUGAGGACCAUUGCAGAGGUGGAAGGCUCAGGGGUGAAGGCCUGGAAACACGCCGAAUGGAGGGAGCAGAUCCUCGUCCCAGCCCUGCCUCAGUCCAUUCUGCAGGGCUGUAGUCUCAUACAUAUUGACUACUAUAUCCAAGUUUCCCUGAAGUCACCGGAGGUCUCAGUUGCUCUCCCCAUUUAUAUUGGUAACAUUGCUGUGAACAGGGUGCCGCUCAGCCCCUCGCGAUCAGUCCCACACAUACCGUCUGCUGUGGUGCCCAGCGCCCCGCCGGAGGAGGAGGAGGAGGCUGCCAGUGGUUAUCACCCCAUGGACAAUGUUUUGAUCCCCACCAAAAGCCAUUCCCAGCAGCAGCCGUUUAGCUAUGCUCCAGGACUGAGCUUCCACGAAGCAAGGCUGGACUCGGAGCAGAUAGGCUCCCCAAAUCAUCCCACGCUCUGCCUGUCGACAGGAGCCACUGUCCCUUAUUAUGCUGAGGGGAACGUGGUGCCCGUUUCCACAGCCAGCUCGCUCAUUCUGCCCCCGGAGUACAGCACGUGGGGCUACCCAUAUGAGGCGCCUCCAUCCUACGAGCAGAGCUGCAGCACUGCCAACUCCAGCAUCAGCAACGGCAACUAG